UAAAUAAAAAUACACACAAGUAUUGGACUAGAUUCUAAAAGAUUGAAAAAUGUUUUCUCAUCUGGCAUAGAUCGUACGCGAGUAGUUGCAGUCGGUUCGUGGCACAGAUCACACUGAUUUUGUGGUGCAGAGAACAUUUCUAAAAGUUUCAAAAAUGCCUCCCAGAAAACAUAAAAACAAGAAGAGUCAUCACCAACGACAACAACAGCAGGUAAACAAAUCAAACAGUUCAAAAAAAGAAACCUCAAAUAUUAGAAAAGAGAGUGAGGACUAUGAAACGACAAACAUACAAUUACCGUAUAAAUUGGAACACUCAAACAUUGUUGGACGUUAUCUUGUAGCAAGUCGAGAACUUAAGGCAGGAGAAUUAUUACUAAUCGAAGAACCUUUGGCCAUCGGGCCUUGUGUGUCUUCUGAUGCAGUGUGUUUAGGCUGCUACAAGCCAGUCAAGCUAAAUGGUGUACAAUAUAGGUGCACUUCUUGCUGCUGGCCAUUAUGCAGUGUAAAAUGUAAAGGAUUAUACGCGGCAACUGGUCACACCAUCGAAGAAUGUGAUUUAUUAAAAGCGCAGAAAAAUACUACGACUCUCUCAGCUACUACAUCCGCCACAAUAGUCAAAAAUUUGUAUGAACUCAUUUUGAUUGUGCGCAUAUUACUGAUGAAACAGCACUCUCCUGAGAAAUACGCAAAAAUUAUGCUCAUGGAAUCACAUUCGGAACUGCGUAAACAGAAUGCGGACUUGUGGCAACAUUACCAACAAAAUGUGGUGACUAAGUUGCUCGAUGAAUGGCAUAUGGCCUCAUAUACUGCGGAUGAGAUUCACACUGUUUGUGGUAUUUUAGAUGUGAAUUGUUUUGAAAUUGGACAAAAUUCGGCCAAAGCCCGAACUCUUUACCCUAAUGCAUUUUUGCUUGCACACGACUGCAGUCCAAAUACUUCACAUACAGAUGAUCCAAACACAUUUGCAAUCGUUUUGCGCACUUCGCGACAUGUACAAAAGGAUGAAGCACUUACAUUGAGUUAUGCAUAUACACUACAGGGAACUUUGAAACGGAGAGACUUCAUGCAUGCUGGAAAGCUUUUUUGGUGUUUCUGCCAGCGUUGUAGCGAUCCGAUGGAGUUGGGAACAGAUUGUAGUGCUAUUAUAUGUGCUAAAUGCAAGAAGGGUUCACUAAGGUCAUCUGAUCCUUUAAAUCAAGAUGCAGACUGGAUAUGUGAUAAUUGUGAUAAUACUUUGAUUAGCAAAGACUUAGUAAAUCUGUUAGAUAAAAUUAAUGAUGACUUGGAAUCUAUUGAUGUGCACGAUGUUUCUGGGUUAGAAAACUUCCUGAAAAGGUAUGCCGCAACCCUUAAAUUUUAA